AAUAGAUGUAUGGUUGGUCAAUUAUAACCAAAUUGACAUUUAACCACAUAAACAGGGCGUCAGCUUUCAGCGUUUCCGUUUUUGUAUGUGUGUGUUCUUAACACAUAUGUACCGCGUAAAGGUUUUAUAUUUUUGAUACCAUUAUAUUUAUUAAAUUCUGAAAACCAUCUAAAAUCAAAGUUCGUUUCUACUGAGUAAUGUACAAAAACAAUUUUCGGAGAUUUGCAUAUUAGUCAUAUACAGUCCGAAUAACAUUCUUAAAUUGGUAGGGUUAUAUUAAAUAAAAUGGCGGCUUUUACGUCUUAGCCAUUUUAAUGACGUAAUGAAAUGUAUAUAGAUGUAAUUUUUAUAUUUAUUAAAUUAGACCCUAAGUUAAGGAUAUUUAUAUUGUAGAUGUACUUAAGAAAGUAGAGGAAGCUUUUGGACUAGCUUAAUCGUAGUUUAUUUAAAUGCGUGUUCUCGUUUACUUAUCAUUAUUUUGCUACACGAAAAUAUAUGCGACAUUUAUCUAUAGAGUAUAUUUUUUAUCAAAUACUUAGUUUGGACAUAUGAUAAACGCAUAACAUUCUCAGUCAUUAACAAAUUAUUUAAAAUAUGAAUAUUAUAAAUCUUGGUCGUUUAGAAAAUGUUUGGAGGCCAAAGUUUCAUGGCAUUAUAGUCUUUAUUUCAUAUGUGUGACAGCAAAAUGGCAGAUCCAGCUACGGUUACAGAAGAUUUAGAAGAUGGUGAGAUUGAAAGCGAUGGCGAAGAAACAAAUGAAACACAAAAUGAAGAAAAGCCGGAGGAAACAGCUGCAGUUGUUGAAGAAAAUAAAGCAAAAGUAGAUAGUCAAAGUUUUUAUUAUUCUAAGUCAGGUAAGAAGAAGAAGUCAAAAUCAAAUAAGAGCGAGCAGAAGGUUAAAGAUAAAAGUAAAAAGAGUCGGAAGUAUGCGGAAACGAUUGAGGAUGACUUUGCCGGUGGGAUAGAAAAAGCAAUAAGAAAGGCUAUGAACAAAAACGAUGGCAACAAUUUUCAAGGUGAAGCUGAAGGCGAAGAACGUAGGAAAUAUAAAAAGAGAAAGAAAUACGAUGGAAAGGAGGGGUCGAGUAAGAAGCGCAAAAAACAGGAGUAUUCCGAUGAAAUGGAUGAAGCGGAAAUGAUGUGCGUUCGCGGAGCUUCGCCGGUACAGAAACAGUCUCAGGAUGAAAGCUAUCAGGAACAAGACUCGUACGAAUCUGAUAGCAGCCAAGAUUCACGAGGACACCAGCAGCAUCGCCAGCAGAGGCAUCGACCACCACAGCGGGAGAGAAAUAAAAAUAAUAAAAAUGAUAGGAGGAGGGGGGGAACACAUCCCAUGCAAGAUCCCGAUGGUGUUUGUCUGUAUUACAUGCAAGGAAAAUGUCAUAAAGGGGACGAUUGUGUGUACUCUCACGACGCACAGCCGCCGAGGAAGAUGGAACUAUGCAAAUUUUAUUUAAUGGAAUGUUGCGCCAAAAGAGAUAAGUGUCUGUACAUGCACGCUGACUUCCCUUGCAAAUACUAUCACACUGGGCUUCCAUGUAUUUAUAAAGACGAAUGUAAAUUUGCGCACGGUAAACCUUUAAGCGAUGCACUCAAAAAUAUUUUAUUGAAACACAUCGAAUCAGCUCCUAAGGAAAUAUUAGGUGACUUCCCAAGACUCAACAGAGAUGGAGCAUUAAAAAUGUUACAAAAUACACAACUCAAACUAAUGCAACAAUAUUCAGAGAGCACGGACGCUGAAAUAAAGAAUAUUCCGUCACUCUUCGAUAUUAACAUACCUAAUCCUCAACUAAAUGUAGAUUCGUCUCAGAAUAGUUCUUUUAACAACGAAAGGCAGAGCAAGGUAUCACCGAAAGUAAGGCAGUCGAGGUGGCAAAAUGACGAGUCGAAUCAAAAUCAAUGUCAUUCACCAAACAGCAAUGCAAGUUCAAAUGUGCUAAGUAUUAAAAACUUAACCGGUGUAUUAUCGCCUCGACAAAUUUAUGAACUCACAAAGAUAGGUAUCGAAAACUUAGAUCAAUUGAGUCAGUUAACAGUAUUACAGUUGAAUAACAUCGGUAUAUCCUUAAAACAAAUCUCUGACAUACAACUGAACACAAUGAGCAUCCAGAAAUUAGGUUUAAUUAGCAAUACUGAACAACAAUCCCCACAUCAUCAAUUCGUUAGUACUAAUGUUCCUGCAAAGGAUUUAGAUUUAAGAGUACCGCCCGCAGCACUGCCUUCGUCGAAUAGUUUAGCUAUAGCAUCCGAAUUACCCGGUCAAGACGUUGAUAUGCGUUUUCAGCCGAACACACAAUCACUUAGUAUCAAAGAAGAGUCGAGCAAUAAAACAUCUAAAAGAGAAACAAGCAACAAAGACAUGAUUGAUAUAGAUCAGUACACAAAAGAUGCGUUAAAAUUUGCAUCAAAAGAUAAAGAAAACAUAGACAUUUCAAACGAGACUAUAGACAAUGAAAAGAAUAGUACUUCAAAUGAAAUAAAAGAUGUAGAUCACAGGGUCAUUCCAUUUUCUGAUGGCGGGUCGAGUAGUCAUAAUGCUAAUAUAGAAGAGAAUACUCUGCGUUCGGAGGCGGAUACGGACAUACGGUUUCUGCAACCGGAUCCUAUAUUUAAAAAUGCUGAGAAGAAACAUCGUCGUUCGACUACGGACGACGAUGAAGAUAACAAUUUACUGAUCGAUGAGAAGUGGUAUUCAAGUGACGAAGAAAAGGGAAAUAAAAAGAAAUCACCCAUAUCCUCACCUCAGAAGUCGUUGAUGUCACCGCCGCCGGUGGUUCCGCCUGUUAUAGAACCGUCGGUUUUGAGUAAACUUGGUGAUCUAUCAAAAAUAGAUAUCAGCGAAGAAGUUACAAAGCUGCUCAAUACUAUGAAACAUAAUUUACACGAAACUCCAAGUCAAGAAACUCAAGAGCCGACGAUAUCAAGAGAUCCUCGUUCUAGAAGAUCCCCUCCGACGUCUGUGGACACCAGUGUAGAAACAAGUAAAACGACGAGUAAGAAGACCAAUCGAGUGUCUAUAUACGAAUGUGUUGACGGUGAACCCACGGAUGGGCGUCGAAGAACGGACGUGGAUCUCCGGACGACGGAUUUCAAAGGCCCCAGCUACGGUGACACAGACUUGAGACAAAACACCAGCGGUGACAUAGAUUUACGUCUAGGCUUACCGUUCAAACCGAUACCUAACUACACGCCAGCCUCAGAAAUAAACGGUUCAAUUAACAGUCAUCCGCCGAUACAUUACAAACUAGUUGCCAUACACAUACCGCGUCCUGAUUACACGGAUAUCAAAAAUAGCACAGCGAAAUCACAAGCACUGACGGAUCCUAGGUUAAGGAAAGUAUUCAGAUUGUCCGUAGAAGAAACUAAUAGUGACAGUGAAAAACCAGCGAAAGUUGUAAAUACAGGCCCCCGAGUGGACCCCAGACGGAAACCUAAAGAUCAAAUCGAUACCACUAGUCAAGAACAAAAAUCUAACUCAUUAGAAUUACAGACGAUAUUACAAAAUUCAAAUUGGUACAAAGAUUUGAGUUCCACACAGAAGAUAUUCGUGAAUCAGAAUCUAGCACCGGUGACGCAGAUGAUAAAACAACACCACCAGGAAAAGCAAAUGGGUAAGAAAUUUGAUAUAGGUUCAAUACAAAACAAUAACGUUCUGUGUAGCAUAUUCACUAAUCUAGGCGUGACUCUUGGAGAAAACGGUGAGUUCUCGUAUUUACCUAAACCGAAGGAGGCUCUGCUGAAGACUCCGAUAGGCUUUAGUCAGAAUUCGAAUCCUUUCGGCAUGAACAACAUGUCCGGAGGCCAUGGGCCUAUGGAGGGUAAUAUUAAUAUGAUCAAUAUGCCGCCAAUGGGCAUGGCUGGUGUAGGAAACAUGUCUAAUAUGAAUUCAUUGCACGGCUUCAACCAGCCUAUGUCGGACCCCAGAGGUGGGCCGACUCCGGGCCUGCUGGGCAUCGCGCCGAACAUACCUCAUAACUUUAACAACAACAAAUUCGGUGGUCCACAUAAUUUCGGUAACAUGGGAUUCAACGGCCCGCCUAACGAUUUUAAUUUUAUGGAGGGAGAUCAGAACUUCCAAAGAUUUCCCAACAGAGGAGGUCUCCGCGGCAGAGGGAACAAUGAUCGCUGGAACAGAGGUGGAAAUAGGGGACAUAGGGACAGGAAAAAUUUCAACGAGCGAGGUAAUUGGAAAAACGACAGGCAUUAGCUGGUAAUGUCAGAGGCGAUGCGAUAUCCUUCCACAUCAUACAAUAUGUGAUCAAGGUGAUAAUUAUGAUUUAGUAACCGUGUAGACUUGCUAAAAUAGUUUUUAUAAUUUAUUUUAUUCUAAUAGGAGUAAGUAUUCUGUACAAGUUUUUAAAUACUGUAAAUAUUCGGAGUAAUUAAAUCAUUGAAGUUUUUUUUUCGUUAUAAGGCUAAUUAUAAUACUAAUGACGUUAUAAAUAUGAUAAAAAAAAAUAUAUAAGAAAAUUGAAUAAAUUAGGUUCAUUUUUAAAGGUACUCAUUAUGCGAGCCAAAUGUUUUAAGACUGAGUGCAUUAUUAUUGUGUUAUUAUGUAUUAUGAUAAUAAACGCAGUCGCAAAUGAUUUCGUAUAUAGAUAUAGAAUUAAGUUAAAUUGCAAUUAUGGUCUUUGUCCAGUAAAUAGUUUACUGAUCUGAGCAAUACGACACUUUAUAUAUAGUAUAACAAUAGGUACUUUGUAUAAAGAGUAGGUGACUUCCGUUCUUGUUCAUUAUAGAUUGUAAUUAUAAAAGCCUACUGGACUUAAUAAAAUCUAUGUUUAAUAUA